AUGGCGGGCGAGGCCCGGGCCGCCGGGGACGCGGCGCUGCGCCGCCUCCUGCGGCUGCACCGCACGGAGAUCGCCGUGGCCGUGGACAGCGCCUUCCCGCUGCUGCACGCGCUGGCCGACCACGACGUGGUCCCCGAGGACAAGUUCCAGGAGACGCUGCGUCUGAAGGAGAAGGAGGGCUGCCCACAGGCCUUCCAUGCGCUCCUCUCGUGGCUCCUGACCCAGGACACCGCCGCCAUCCUGGACUUCUGGAGGGUUCUCUUCAAGGACUACAACCUGGAGAGAUACGCCCGGCUGCAGCCCAUCCUAGAGAGCUUCCCAAAAGAUGUGGACCUCAGCCAGCCCCGGAAGGGGAGGAGGCCCCCAGCCGGCCCUAAGGCCACCGCGCUGCUGCCCAGGCCCCCCACCAAGAGGAAGGCCCUGGAGGAGCUGCGGGCCACCCCACCAGCAGCCCUGUCCCCGAGGGGCACCUCCAGCCCAGGCUCCCAGGUCAAGGUCAAGCCCUCCAAGAAGCCAGAGAGCACCGCAGAGCCCCAGCGCCUCCCGCUGGGCAAUGGAAUUCAGACCAUGUCCACUUCGGUCCAGAGAGCCAUGGCCGUGUCAUCUGCGGGAGCCGCAGGAGCCCGUGGGGCCGUGGAGGGCGUCCUCAUCCAGCAGGUGUUUGAGUCAGGUGGCUCCAAGAAGUGCAUCCAGGUUGGGGGGGAGUUCUACACUCCCAGCAAGUUUGAAGACCCUGGUGGGGGAAAGAACAAGACCCGCAGCGGCAGCCUGAAGACCUUGGUCCGAGCCAAGGGGACCCAGGCUCCUGCCCCUGGUGGAGGUGAUCCUCGGGCAGGCCAGCGGGACAGGGCCCCGGGCCCCCCUGCCCUCCCCGGUGAGCCCCAGCUGCACCAGAAGAAUGAGGACGAGUGUGCCGCGUGCCGGGACGGCGGGGAGCUCCUCUGCUGCGACGGCUGCCCCCGCGCCUUCCACCUGGCCUGCCUGACCCCGCCGCUCAGGGAGAUCCCCAGUGGGACCUGGAGGUGCUCCCGCUGCCUCCAGGGAGGAGCCCAGCGGGACCUGCCCCGGGCCGCGGAGCCCCGGCCCCAGGAGCCCCGGCCCCAGGAGCCGCCUGCAGAGACGCCGGUCCUCCUGGGCCUGAGGUCAGUGGGAGAGGAGGCGAGGGGACCGCCCGGGGAGCCCCCCGCUGGAAUGGAUGCCGCUGUCACCUACAAGCACCUGCUGGCCCCACCUUCUGCAGCCCCCCUGACUGUGCUGGACCCCUCAGCCCUGCGCCCCAUCCUGUGUGUGGGUCCCGAGGGGCAGCAGGGCCCGGCGCCCGGCGCGCGCUGCGGGGUGUGCGGGGACGGCGCGGACGCGCUGCGCUGCGCUCUCUGCGCCGCCGCCUUCCACUGGCGCUGCCACUUCCCCGCCGGCACCGCGCGGCCCGGGGCCGCCCUGCGCUGCCGAUCCUGCUCCGGAGACCCCGGCCCGGACCCCGGGGAGGGGGCGCCCGCCGCGAGCCCCGCCCGCCCGCCUCCGGGGACCCCCAAGCUCGGUGUGGGGGACGGCUCUGCUGCGCCCGAGCAGCUUGUGCACAGGGAUGACCUGGAGUCGCUCCUGAGUGAGCACUCCUUUGACGGCAUCCUGCAGUGGGCCAUCCAGAGCAUGUCCCGCCCGCUGGCCGAGGCGCCCACCUUCCCCUCCUGA